AUGGAGUCGACUUCAGCCAACUAUUCAAACACCAAUCCGCCCGCCGAUUCGGAUCACCCUGCUCUCAGCAAUUACCCCAGCUACCCGGGCACCCUAAACUCCAGUGCAGACCACCACGCAGCUGCCAAAUAUGAUAGAUCUCUGAACCCAAGGCGCUCCGCUAUCGGCAACCGCGUAGAUCGCAUCCCGGACUCCAUUCGCAAUCACGUCGUCGCCACUACCGGCGAGUUUGUCGGCACGUUUCUCUUCCUCUUUUUCUCGUUUGCGGGUGCAAUACUCUCCAAUAACGUGGUGCCAGGACCUACCGCGCCAAAUAACCCUGCGGCUUUUAUCUACGUGUCUUUGGGCUUCGGCGCGUCUUUGGCGGUCAAUGUAGCCUUCGCGCUCUUGCUCCUGGGGGUCAUCGGACCCCUCCGAGCAGUGCUCGUCAUCAUUGCGCAACUUGUUGGCGGCAUUGCCGCUGCAGGUGUGGCCUCCGCCAUCUUUCCCACUUCUCUAGCCGUAGGCACACGCCUGAUCAACGGCACGUCGAUAGCGCAGGGGCUAUUCAUCGAAAUGUUCCUGACGGCCCAGUUGGUGCUUACGAUACUAAUGCUCGCGGUCGAGAAACACAAGGCAACUUUCAUGGCACCGUUGGGUAUUGGGUUGGCGUUCUUUUUAGCUGAGCUGACGGGAAUCCCCUUUACCGGCGGCUCCUUAAACCCCGCCCGCUCUCUCGGCCCAGACGUCAUCAACCGCUCCUUCCCGGGGUACCACUGGAUCUACUGGCUCGGCCCCGCGAUGGGUACGGUGAUAGCUGUUGGGUGGUACUUAUUCCUCCGCGCUUUUCAGUUCCAGACAUGUAACCCCGGUCAGGACGCUGAUCAUGAGGAGGUGGUGGUAAUGCACACAGACAGGGACAUGAUGACGGGGACGGGGCCGGGGACGGGGGCGGGCGCGCAGCAUCAAUCAAGGGUUUGA